GGAGAAAAGAGCCGGAAACCGACCUCCUGAUGAUAUUAUAUCACACCACUACGUCACUGCCUCAGGAUCAACAUGCGAGGAGAUACCUCGUAUAUAUGGCGACAUCACCUGAGAAGAAUUGUACGUGAACUUCGAGAGUCGAAGGAUCUCUUAAAAGGCCCAGAAAUCUCCCCCUGCGAAACUCAUUUCGCCCUGAUCUCCCUCAAUUUCUCAUCACAUCGACUCUAAUCCCCCCCCCAAUCUGGCUCGUCAAACGGACGAUUCCCUCCUGACGCGCCUCCUCCAUUCUCUUCCCUUCACGCGUCUCAAUCGCAAUAUCAAAAUGUCUAGCACAUCCGCACUGGCUCAAGUCAUGCGGCGUGCCGCAAAGGCACUGCCGCCCAUCAAUUCGGCCAGUUUCGGCGAGGCUUUCGACUGGUUGGGCCAAUAUAAGGUGGUUCUCUUGGGCGACGCCAGCCACGGCACGUCAGAGUUCUAUGCCGCUCGCGCAGAAAUCACAAAGCGGCUCAUCAAGGACCACGGAUUCAAGUGUGUAGCGCUGGAGGCGGAUUGGCCCGACGCCGAGGCAAUCGAUCAUUACGUACGACGGUGGCCAGGCCAGCAUCCUGACCCGGUGCAGGCGGCUAGGGACAAGGAAAGCCCGUUUCAGCGAUUCCCAACGUGGAUGUGGAGGAAUCGUGAAAUGCAGGAUUUGGUCCACUGGAUGAGGGACUAUAAUGAAGGAUUACCCGCGGAGGAGAAGGCGGGUGUGUAUGGAUUGGAUCUAUACUCGAUGGGAUCGAGUAUGAGCGCUGUGAUUCGGUACUUACAGAAUAUCGACCCAGAGAUGGCCCAGGAGGCAAAAGAACGAUAUGCUGGACUGCAGCGUUGGGUCAACCGGGAACACCAAUAUGGACGGAAGAUGCUCCAGAGCAAAUACAUGGAGAAUCUGAAGACUUGUGAGGAAGACGUCAUCAAGAUGCUGCUGGAACUGCUGCGAAAGAGGUUGGAGUACUCGGUCAAAAUCAACGACGGCGAAAGAUUCCACAGUGCUGAGCAGAAUGCCGUGCUGGUGGUGGACGCGGAGGAGUACUAUCGCAAGAUGUACUACAGUGAUGUGGUCAGCUGGAAUCUGAGGGAUCUGCAUAUGUUCGACACCUUGAAACGCUUACUUGACUUCCGAAAAUCCAAGGCCGUGGUGUGGGCUCACAACAGCCACCUCGGGGACGCGCGAUUCACCGACAUGGGCACGCAGCGCGAGGAACUCAAUCUCGGUCAACUCUGCCGCGAGAAUCUAUCCGAUGUGGUCCUCGUAGGUUGCGGCACACAUGACGGCUCAGUCGCUGCCGCACACGAGUGGGAUGGUGACAUGCAAAUCAUGAACGUCAAUCCGUCGCGAGAGGACAGCUGGGAGUAUGUGGCACACAGCACCAACAUGCCAAGAUUUCUGCUUGAUAUGCGCAAGGGGCAUUGCGACGAAGAUACGCGCAGAGCCCUCGCUGCUAAUCGGCUUGAACGAUUCAUCGGCGUGAUUUACCGGCCGAAGACGGAGCUGUGGAGUCAUUACAGCGGCUCCAGGUUGUCCAAGCAGUUCGACGCGUAUGUGUUUUUCGACAGGACGCAGGCAGUCGGAGCGCUGGAAAAGAAACAGCCCCAUACACCACUGCUCGAGGCGGAAACUUAUCCAUUUGGUUUGUGAUUAAUGAACAGGGCAGAGGAGCGACCCUGGGGGACCGUCCCUUCGCUCAAAAGUUCGGGUUUCGUCUGUACAGUUGGUCUGGUAGUUUGAACAGGGAAAAAAUGCAGUCGCUGUUUCCGCGGCGACGGAGGCAGACCAAUAGCCGACAAGUUUUGUCACCAUAGUUAUAUGCCUUGGAAUUCCGGUUUCAGAAACUUCGAACAUAGGGUUAGAUGCGGCGGUAAAUCGAAGCUUUAUCAUGAUCACCUUCACAGAGGAAGGAGAGCACGUUUC